AUGAUUCCAGCCAUUGGAUUGGCCGGGUCUGCAAGUGAUUCACCCAGACACAAGGAUGAAAUAGAUUCACCUUAUCCUAGUCACUAUAGACACCAUGUCAAAUGUCGCACGCAGCAACGUCAGUUUUUGGCCAAAUAUAACAAGCAUAACAAUUUUAUAAGGCCUAAUGAGGAAUAUGAGCAAACGGAGGAUACAGAGUAUGCAGAACAACCGGAGAGAGAGGAAUAUGACGAGGAAGAAGACGAAGGUCAAGAAGAGGAGUUCGACGAGGAUGAAAAGAUGGAAGAAGAAGAGAAUGAUGAGCAAUUCGCAGCCCAAGAAGACCAACUCUUUCCUUACACAAGUCGGUUCUGUGCUGGAGACAACACGAGUGAAGACUCGCAUAAUGAUGUUUCAUUCAUUGAGGAUAGUCAUUUGCCUGGAAAAAUUUAUCGCGUGAUCGUUCGCUUAAUUGCAGAUUUAUAA